GCCCCUUGCUCAACGGAUUUUACAACGGCUGUUUUUGGGCUGCUUUUUACCCACAGUCAUGUGAUUGUAACGUAAAACCCCUAACCGGAAAACAACGACGGACGACCCUCUCCGCCGCCGACAACGAAUGCUGCGUUUGCAAGGAACAGUACAAGCUGCUGCGAGCCCAGAGAGGACGAACGAGUCCCCGGUAACAAACAAACAACGGCGACACGGCAAACUCCACGGAUUUAAACGGCUUGCAGGUUGAAGAAUGGAGUUGGCCAACCAUGGUCUUAUCCUGCUGCAGCAGCUUAACGCUCAGAGGGAGUUUGGCUUCCUGUGCGACUGCACUGUGGCCAUAGGAGAUGUCUUCUUCAAAGCCCACAAAGCGGUCCUUGCUGCCUUCUCCAACUACUUCAGAAUGCUCUUCAUUCAUCAGGACAGUGACUGUGUGCGCCUGAAGGCUGCUGACAUACAGCCAGAUAUUUUCAGCUACCUCCUCAACCUGAUGUACACGGGCAAGCUUGCACCCCAGUUAAUAGACCCUGCACGGCUGGAGCAGGGGGUCAGAUUCCUGCAUGCCUAUCCACUCUUGCAGGAGGCCAGCCAGUCUGUGUAUUCACACUCUGAGCAGCACAGCAUCAACCUUUCCACUUCCCUCUACGGCAUCCAGAUCUCUGACCAACAGGUAGGGCUGUCAGCUAGAUUGUCCACUCGACGGCAGCUCUCCUCACCUUUUGACAUGGAGCAGCCAAGCUCAGAAGGGAAGUAUCCGUCCACGGCAGCUGCCACAGCUUCAUACGCAAAUUCCUUACUAUCCAAGCUAACUUCCUCACCCCCAGACAUGGAGGCCUCAACCAGCGGCACGAAGCCUACAGUUGAGGAGGGGGGAAUGGACUUGCUAAGUGCAGAUGGUUCCUCAGCCAGUGCCAUCCUCCAUGUAAAACCCAGCAUCAUGAAGAGGAAUUCGUCCUUUAGGAAGCAUUACUCCUGUCAUCUGUGCAGGAGUCGAUUCACCCAGAGAAGCCUGCUGAGAGAGCAUCUCCUCCAACACACCCAUGCUCUACAGCAGGCGCCAGCUGAGCCCAGCAAUGCACUCUCACCUGUCAUGACUAGAGAACAUAGGAUGCUAGAGUUAGAGGGGGUCCUGAAGGGAUUCAAGGCAGGGUCAAGUGCCUUGGCUGCCACUACAGCAGUAGAGAUAAUCAGUGACAGCGAGCAAACACCUGUUUCAGGUACCAAUUCGGACUCUCCCCGAGCAGAGGUGUCCACAUCCAGCUGGGGAGUGGGAGGAUUACAUUCUCAGGCAGACACGCCACCUCCGUCAGACAUUGCGGACAUCGACAACCUGGAGAGUGCCGACUUGGACAGGGAAGUUAAGCGGCGGAAGUACGAGUGCUCCACCUGUGGCCGCAAGUUUAUUCAAAAGAGCCACUGGCGUGAGCACAUGUACAUCCACACAGGCAAGCCCUUCAAAUGCAGCGCUUGUGGCAAGAGCUUUUGCCGGGCCAACCAAGCAGCCCGCCAUGUGUGCCUGAACCAGGGGGCCGACACCUACACCAUGGUGGACCGACAGAGUAUGGAACUGUGUGCUGCAGGCGACGACAGCAGCCAGAUGGAGGCAAUGUUCUUGGGCUCAUCAAAGCCUUACAAGUGUAACAUUUGUGCAACCACCUUCUCCAGUCCCAAUGAGGUGAUCAAACACUUGUGUUUUACUCAAGGGGGAUUAGUGGGGCUGCAGGGAAACACGGGUGCAGGGAUGCUGCACCAGCCUGAAGAGUUCUCCAAAGAUGAAGGCUCUGAUUUGUCCAACUCUGGCACCCCACUGGAACCCAUUAAGACUGAGGAAAUCCUCGUAGAGUAGUGCCAAAACUGUGUAUUUGUCUUUUUUAACAUGUAUGUUUGCUUUCUAAAUUAUGGUUAAUAGGUAAGCUAAAGGUGAAGUUCGUCAGGUUAUGGAUGUUUGAGGUUCUCAGUCUACUAAAACUGUUUUUUUUGGGGGGGGGGGGGUUUGGUACAGUAUUUUGGACUUUUUUGGCCCGGAGUAUGACAAAAAGUGAAAUAAAUUGAAAAGUAAAUCACCUAUAUCUCUCUGAAAUUCAGUCCAACAUCAUAAGAAAAGCAAAUAACAUUAGACUCAAGCCUAAGUUGAAUACUGAUGAGGGAGAUAAAGUAACUAUUAUCUUAUUUCAUCUCAUCAUUUUAUUGUUGGUGUACAUUGGUAUUAUACUCUCACAUGUCAGGCUUUACCACGUUGUUUUUUCUUAACCGCUAAAGUUGUGGUAAGGCUGCACAGGCAUACUUUGAGUAUAAGCGGAAAAGGAAGCUGAGACAGUUCCGGAGGGGACAGCAUGUUGUGAGAUGACUUUGCUGUGCUAGAUUUGAGGAGGAGAAAGAGUUGCGAACUAUUAACAUUCCCUCUGGAACUGAACAGAAGAGUUGUUUUUUUCAUGGUCAUAAAUGAGAGGCUGAGUCAGCAGAUCAGGUAUAAAUUAUAAUACACAAUAUACACACAAAUAUAUAUUCAGACCUGAGACAAUCUGUACUCAUUUUCUUUUCUUUUUUGAGUAGAUGCCAGAUAUGCAGGAAAGUACAUUUGUCUUCCAUUCAUGUUUCGGUUGGCGUUUUGGCUCAGCAGAAUGAUUAACUUGAAAUGUAAAGUAAUGACCAUUAUUUAGUUGCGUUACUCUGUGUUUUGUUGACUGUGCUAAAUGUGUUUAUAGUUCCUAUGUCAUUACACCUAAUUAAAGCACAAUUGCUCCUCCAUAAUAAGCGUUUGGCCACUGAAAAUUGGUCACAACAAGCAAGAGUGUUCAUUGUGUUUACAGUUGAGCCACUUUUCUUUUUUUUAACUUUCUCAUUUUUACUUGUGUUGUCUAAAUCUUUGGUUACUGAUUGAAGAAGCAACAUGUUACAUUCAGACAGACAUACCUUGAUGGGAGGCUGACCUGUACAAUAUUGUCUUUAUAUAAUUUGCUCCAAUCUACUUCUAAAAGCCCUCCAUUUUAGUUUGACAUGCUUUUUAAAUUUUAUAUACAAUGCUAUAUUUACAAAGAUUACUUUAUAUUGCAAAGGUUUAUGUAUAUUAGUAGACAAAUAGUUUUCAAAAUAGGAUUACAUUUGGUUAAGCAAAAGUAUAUAUUAGGGAUGGGCAUGAUACAUGUAUCUUUAAUUUCUUCAAGAAAUAGGUUAGAAUUAAAAAUAUGAUUUCCCCAUGCCAAAUUUGUGCUAAUUGCUAGCCUUCUCAUUCCAUCUGUGAAAAAGGAACAUUUUCAUUUUCUCUGUAUUGUUAAGACCUUCUGACCUUUAUAUUUGUUCUUUAAACAGAAAAAUAAGUAGUUAUUGCAACAGUAGUCAUUUAUAGAAAAACAUUGUGGGAGAAAAUAUACAGGUGAACAUGUGGAAAUGUAUAUGAUGCAGAGGUAGUAGAGUUUGAAUACUUCACCUGUCAGUGUGGAGGUCAUAUGAACUCAGGCAGAGAUGGGGGUGUGACACACGGAGAGUUAGCUUUAAUAAGAAAUAUGAAAUGACAGGGUGAUAUCUCUAUAUACUUGACUGUCUGGUGCAUAUGUGUUAAGGGAAUAUAAAAUAUGCUAUUAUAACUGACAAGAACAUCAAUUGUUUGUGGUAAGAGAAACACUUUCUAUGAACUACUGAUUACUGGAAAUUAAAAAAAAAAACUGAAAAAAAAAAAUCUUUACAUGCAUGUCGGCUUAAUGUGAAGCAGUUUUAUGAUGUCAGGCUGAAACAUGUCAAGUGUAACAGAAGCACAGGCAGCAUAUUACAGGGUGUUCAGGAACAAAAUUCUCCAUUAGGCCCUUUUAAGGUUUGUGCACAUUUAAAAAAAUCAGUGAGUGUCACUGUAUUGAGUUUUAUUUUUUUUUUAAAUCAAUGCAAAAAACAAAAAUGAUUAGUCUGACAUUUUUCUUCCAAAUUUCUCCCUGACGCAGCAGUGAUAGCUAGACUACUAAUAUAAUUUGCAAUAUUAUUUUAAAGCGGAGUUGUUAACUAAGACACACAGAAGCUCAUUCAUGUGUAUUGUAGAAAGUAUUUUAACUGUAGUCUUUGUUGGAUUUAUUGACUUGUUUCCAUCUUUUAAUCAUUUUUGUUUUGUGAAAAUAUAAAAAAAAAUGCCCAUCCUUAGUAUGUUUAUUAUAUGUGUAGUUGUUUUUUUUCUUCUUCUUUGAGACAAUUUUACCCGGCUAAUUACAGAUUUAUGACAGUAAAGAUGAGGCCCAGCUCCAGUUCGGUUUACGUGGGAUAUUUGUACUGUAAAUCCUACUGUAUUAAGUAUUGAAAAGCAGCUGCUGCUUUGAUGCAAUGAGCCCAGUGUUUAGCUAGAGGGAGCUGUUUUCUUAUUUGUCUACUCAGGUCGAGUGAGGGGGAAGGCUGUCAAAUUUGAAGUAAUAUCUUUAUUAGUGUUUUUCUUAUGCGGUUGCCAAUUAUAUAUGACCAUAUUGAUAUUUGCCAUAAAUCAAUAUUCCAUGACAUAAAUACACCCACAAGUGUUUAAUAUUACCAAGGGGAAGAAUUUGUGUUUGUGUCUUGAUUUCAAGCUCUUUUUGUUGAGGCAACUGAAAUGCUGUACUACUGACAUUCAUUUCUUAGAGCUCAGUUGAUACACAGAAAUAUGCACAGUACAUGCACAAAAGUCCAAAUCCUUCCUCAGCUCAAGUUGUAAUUGUUCGUAUGCCACACCAGUCUUAGUAACUUAAUGGUUUGUGUAUGCGUGUGUUUAAACAUCUCAGGAAGAUGAGAAGUUUGACAUCUUUUGUCUUUUCUGUCCACUGUUGUUAAUCAAAAACAAAAAUUAGAUUUCAAACUAAUGAUCUUACUCCCCAGUGCCCAUCUGACAUCUACUGUGAUCAAUCUGUGUUCUCAGGAAUGUGAGUAAUUUUCUGUAUAAACAUCUUUGUUCUUUUCAAUGAAGAAUGAACAAUAAAAACAUGUCUUUUUAUA